GCGCGUUAACGGUAAAUAAUGGCCGCCAUCUUGUGUUGUGACUUUGUUUUCGGUGUAUCCAUGUAUCCCCUGAAUCUCCUGUAUCCGCAUCUGUAUCUGUUUGUGUGUCUCGGUGCAACAUAAAAAUCAAAAGAUAAAGGAUAUAUACCGAUAUAUAUUGAAUGAUAUAGUGCUCCCGUCUCCCGAUUACAAUAUACACACAGUGGAAAGUGCCGCAUAAGUCCCCGACAAUGGAUCAUCAUGGCAGCGGAUUCGUGGCCUCGCCCUGGGCCGCCGUUUUGGGUCACCACUCGAUGGCCUCCGCGGAUGCGGGCUUUGCCGCUGCCGCUGCAGCGGCGCAUGUCCAGAACCACUCGAUGCAUCCGCACUCGAUUCACUCGCAUCACCACCAUCCGCACUCGCAUCCGCAUCCACAUCCCCACCCACACCCACACUCGCACCCCGCACAUCCGCACUCGCAUCCACAUCCGCAUUCGCAUCAUCAUUUGGCGGCCGCCGCGGCCGCCGGCGCCGCUGCCGGUGGCAUGCCCAUGGAUCUGCAUGUGCCCCAGGGAUUCCCCUACUACAGAUACCGCGAGGAUGCCUUAUGCUGGGGCGACAGAAAGUCCAUGGAGGAGAUCGGCGCGGCCCAGUCCUCGGUGAAUGCGCGCAUCCUGGAGUUGCGCAAGGAAAAGUCGCGGGAUGCGGCACGUUCGAGACGGGGCAAGGAGAACUACGAGUUCUAUGAGUUGGCCAAAAUGCUGCCCCUGCCGGCGGCCAUCACCAGCCAACUGGACAAGGCCUCCAUCAUAAGACUGACCAUCAGCUAUCUGAAGCUAAGGGACUUCUCCGGGCACGGGGAUCCGCCAUGGACGCGGGAGGCCUCCAGCAGCAGUAAGCUCAAAAGUGCCGCCAUUCGACGCAGUCCCGCUGUUGAUUUGUUCGAGCAACAUCAGGGCACCCACAUACUGCAGUCCCUCGAUGGCUUCGCUCUGGCCGUAGCGGCAGACGGGCGCUUCCUAUACAUUUCGGAGACGGUGUCCAUCUACCUGGGCCUCUCGCAGGUGGAGAUGACGGGCAGCAGCAUAUUCGACUACAUCCACCAGGCGGAUCACUCGGAGAUUGCCGACCAGCUGGGCCUGAGCCUCACCAGCGGUGGGGGCGGAGGCGGCGGCGGCGGCGGAGGAGGCAGCACCGGCAGCGGAGGUGGCGGCAGCGGUGCCGCCGGCCUGGCCUCCCCCACAUCGGGCGCCUCCGACGAUGGCAGUGGCACACACGGUACGAACAAUCCCGAUGUGGCUGCCUCCAUGACGCAGGCCUCUACGAGCGGCUACAAAGGCUACGACCGGAGCUUCUGUGUUCGGAUGAAGUCCACACUGACAAAGCGCGGAUGUCACUUCAAGUCCUCCGGCUACCGGGCCAGCGAUGCAACCAGCAAUUGCAACAACGCUAACGCUAAUAAUAACGCUAACAAUAACGCUAAAAACGUUAAGAAUCCGGGCUCAAACUAUUCGGUCGUCCUGCUCCUCUGCAAGCUCCGGCCCCAGUACACAUUCUCGCACAGCCGCAAGUCGCAGCCGCCGCUCCUGGGCAUGGUGGCCCUGGCCAUUGCCCUGCCACCGCCCUCCGUGCACGAGAUCCGCCUGGAGUGUGAUAUGUUCGUGACACGCGUGAACUUUGACCUAAAAGUAGCUCACUGCGAGCCCAGGGUGUCCGAUCUACUGGACUAUACGCCCGAGGAUCUGGUGAACAAGAGCCUGUAUUCCCUGUGCCAUGCGGAGGACGCCAACCGACUGCGCAAGAGCCAUUCGGAUUUGAUCGAAAAGGGCCAAGUGCUGACGGGCUAUUACCGACUGAUGAACAAGAGUGGAGGCUACACCUGGCUCCAGACAUGCGCCACCGUCGUCUGCAGCACCAAGAACGCCGAUGAGCAGAACAUCAUUUGCGUCAACUAUGUGAUCAGCAAUCGGGAGAACGAGAACCUCAUCCUGGACUGCUGCCAGCUGGAGCCGAGCAUGGACAGCAUCAAGAACGAGGAGGGACUGGGCAAUGACAAGAGCAGCGGCUCCCCGGGAGGCGAUGCCGCGGGCGAUGGCAAUGGCCAUUUGAGUGCCGGGGAAAUGAAGCUGACGGACUCGAAGUCCGACCCGGAGGGACACUCGCACCGCGGACGAGGACGCAGUGCCACAGCCUCGCAUGGCAGCAGCAUGAGCAGCCUGUCCCUGAUCAAGGACAGCCCUACGCCACUGGGAGUGGAGAUUGAAGCGGGUGUGGGCGUCCUGCCAGCCACUGUGGCCACGCCAGUUCCGGCCCCAACGCCCGUUGGCAGCACGACGAGCGGUGGGACCACAACCAAGCGAAAGAGGAAGACCAAGGCCGCACAGCAGGCGGAGGAGGAGCAGGUGAAUGUCGAGCAGCCGAUGGCCAAGCUACCGGCCAUGGAGGAGUCUCAGCCAAGGAGUCGCCUGCCCUCCAUUGUGGACGAGCCUGCAGCCGAUUCGGCAGUCAAGGAUCUGGAGCACGCGAUGUCCAAGCACCUGCCAUCGCCAGUGUCUGUGUCCGUGGCCGUGUCGCAGCCGAGCACCGACUUCAGUGCGGAUUCUCUCAUCAAGCAGCAGCACCAGGCGCACCAGCAGCAACAGCAGCAGCAGCAGCAACAGCAGAUCGAUCCCAACGAGAAGAGCAGCACGAUCCAGUGGAUCGGAACGCCCUACCAACAGCCACCCGCCCCCAUGCCGGCCACGGCCCUGCUCCGGCAGCUGUACGCCAAUCGGGAGAGCGUGAUCCGGGCGACGGCCCGACAGACGCCCACUGGAGUCGGUCCCGGGGUGUUCUACGGCGAGCAGCAGACGGGUCCGCUGCCCACGCCGCCUGGCAGCGAGUCCUCAUACGAGAACCAAUACCUGCAGCUCCACUCAGCCGCCUCCGCCGCCGGGGUGCAUCCCCAGAAGAGCUCGUCCGAUGCCUUCACCAAUCUGGUGUCCACCUACGGCGGCUAUCACAGCUCCAUUGACUACCACAACGCCAUGACGCCGCCCAGCUCUGUCUCCCCGCGAGACUCCAACAACUCCGGCAAGGUGCCGCCCUCCUCCGCCCCCAUCCUGGCCAGCAACGGCGGUGGCUACGAGUACGCCGAUCCCCUGCGAGGACAGUACGCGGCUCCAUCCGUUGACGGCGCCCCCGCCACGCUGCCCCUGAAGCCGCAGGCAUACACUGCCACGAUGCACCCGCACCCGCAUCCGCAUCCGCACGGUCAUGCCACCAGCACGAGCACCACAACCACCGAGGGUGGCGUCACCUACAGCAACCUGGAGCAGGCGCAGUACUUUGCCCCGCACUCCAGCUUCCAUCUGUACCACAAGGGCAGCCCGGCCACCGGCUGGUACUCCACGCCCUCCUAGGUAAUGGACGACGGCUUGGGCCAGUGCCAGAUGCAGAUGCAGCAGCACCAGCACCAGUCCCAGUCCCAGCACUCUGCCUACCAGGAGCAGCAUCAUCCUCAUCAUCAUCAUCCUGCCGCUGUGGGUGGCGCUGGCAGUGGCGAUCGCUGGGACUUUGUGGGGGCGUUGGGCAAGGUGGCGCGCAUGUUCUUCAGCGCUCGCAAAGGGAAUCCGGGAUAGAAGAGUCCAUAGAAGACAGCUCCACCUGGACAAGGUAUUGGUUCCUCUGUCCAGAGCAGGCAGAUGGAUCCUUCCUCUGGCACUCCUUAGAACACGUCUAAUUAGGAACUUAGGAACACUAGCAGUCCCCUGAGGACUAAGAGUUAGUCUAGAAUCUAGAGCCUACACAAAAACAUUCAAUGUUGUUAUAUAGUUCUUAAGAAUUGUAAAUUACGAAAAACACAC